AUGAUUAACUUUGAAAUAUCCAAUGGUCAUCCUUAUGGCCCACAUGUUCCAACAACAUUGGACGAUGACCAAUAUGUGGAAUACCAGUUGGAUGACUUGGCAGGUUUUCCAAGUGAUAUAGAGGAGGAAGAAAGGAUGUUCAUGGAGGCAGUAAUUGAGUCAUUAAAGGACUUGGAGGUGCGACACCCCAAUGCAGAGGGACAACUGGCCAGUGUCAGUCCUGCUUCUGUUAAAUCCUCACAAAAAGAUAAACAGGAUGCAUCUUCAAUUGUAGAACAUGGCAAUCUUUUGAAUACACCAACUUCCUCUUCAGUAAAGCAACACGAUCCGUUGAAGACAGAAUCCACUUCCUCUUCAGCUGUCAAUGACCAAAAUUUAGCAACUGAAGAUCCUUCUCCAGCUAGAAGUGCAUCAUCUGUAGGAACUGCAUUUGACACUCCGCCACCCAUGUUGGAAUCAGAAAGCACAACCACCUCUUCUUGUAGCGAUACUUCAGGAAGCAUCCACGGCACUACAGAUACUGACUUGUCAGGUAAUACAAAAGCCACAUUGACUGUGGAACGGAAUCCAGCAAGCCACGUUAUGGAUGGUUUGCUGCGUCGUUGGGAUUUCAACUUGUUCCGAAAUGGUAGGUGA